AUGUUAACAAGACUGAAAUACUGUGACACUGAGACUUCAGAAAUGAGGUUGAGUAGUUUGAAAUGUUGGUAUGUUCAUUGUAUUGAAAUCAGGAUGCGUCUUAAAGUUGAAGCUUUUUACGAGCAAAAAAUUUUCAAAAAAAGCGUUGUUUUGAUUCCACCUUUUAUUCAAACAAUUCGAAAACUUCAGGAAUAUCUUAUCGCACACUUAUAUAAUACUGUUUCUUUGUCGUCGGAAAUUUUUUUAACACUCGAUAAUUUUUCCCUAGAUAUAAACAAUCCAAUUACCAUAUUAUCGCAUGAUGAUGUGAUUAGAAUUGAUGUCAACGCGAAAUACGAAUAUACAAGAGUAAAGGAAACCAAUGGUGUUCAUGCGUCAACACUCUUCUCUUCGUCAAAAAAUUGUUUUGUUGAUGAGAAUUCUGAAACUAAUAAUAAAAAUGGGGGAAAUCUUCUAACUGUAUCAGGCACGACUGCAUCACUUGUUCCGGGUCAUACGAUCAGCACCAAUGCUACAAUGGAACCUUUCACUCACAGUAUAUCAACACCCUCAAAGGUGGUACCCAUCAAUACGACGUUCAAAUAUGGAGGAAAGGCUAAAAUGAAGAAAAAAUGUUUCGCUCACUUACCAAUCGGUAGAACCUUAAAGAGUUCGACUUUCAAACCAGAUACAGUCAAGGUUUUACGGAAACCGCGUCAGGGCUUCAUGACUCGAAAAAAGAAAGUCAGCAGAAAAAAAAAGAUUCAUGUUUUUUCUACGACUAGACAAGAGAGUGAAAAAAAAAAAGCAGUUUUUGAAAAAGGACACUUGGCAUGUUUGAGUUCAUUCACUUGCUCAUCAACCCAUGACAAUGAUUUCGUUGAAUCCACUUGUUUGAACUCACCUUGUACUAGUCAUCUUGCGACAAAAUUCAAUAGAUCGGAAAUGUUUAAAGACAACGUACCUCAUUCUGAUCAAGUGACUGGUAAUACACAUUUCUGCGAUAGGACUUGUCACAUACAAAUUUACGCUAAUGAGCGCAUGCAUUGUGAAAAUGCCAAAAAAAACCCUGGCAAAGUUUCUACACAAUCUAUCACUCAAAAUGGUAAAAAGAUUGAUCAAAGCAACCGUUACCGUAACUCGGUCGGUACAAGAUCUACAAAUGGCAAUGUACAAACGAAUGUUAUUGAAACGAGUAGUACCUGCCACGAUUCCAGUAGUAGCGAGGCAAGUCGUCGGAAUGACAGUGGGAGAUUGAGUCAAAGUAGUAGCGGUAGUACGAGAGGAAGUAAUACAAGUAGUGAUAGUACAAGGGGGAGCAGUAGUAGCUCAAAUACCAGUCGUAGUAGUGGUAGUAGUAGUAGUAAUAGUAGUAGUCCAAUUACUCGUCGUCGUCGUCGUGAUGAGUCCUUGAUCGGUGAGAGUAAUCAAAGGCAAGGUCCUACUAAAACAGAAAACACAGAUGUGAAAGAUCAGCCGCGUCACUGUAGUCGUCACGACACUGUUCACACGACACAUGAUAAAUGGGUGACUAACAAGCCGACUUUAAAAAUGGUGAAAAUUGGAAGAAGGUCCGAUUCGCAUUUUAAUAUCUCUGUGGGAGACCAAAUUUCUUAUAAUGUCGUUUCUUUAAAUGAAGGGUGUCCCGAAAUGAGUGAUACAUUGUCAGGAGAAGUGGUAGAAAUCACGACGGAUCCCAAUCUUGACGAGAAGGAUGCUUAUGUGUAUCUGAAAUCGUUGCACGCUCCAAUUGAGAAAGUAUCACGUUAUUCUUUUUUCAAUCUCAUGAAUAUACGUCAGCUUAAGGCACAAGAGAGUAUAAAAGUCACCGAGUGGAAUUCUGGUGAAAACACUUGUGAAGACAAUUUUUCAAAAUCCUCCAAUGUUUCGGCGUGUGCCUCUUAUACACAGCAUCACGCUGUGUUAGGUGACGUUGAAAUACCAUGUUCUUUUACGAACGACCAAAUCAAUCAUUUGAUAGAAACAAAAAUAUCAGCUGUAAGAAGCGCCUUACGACGACAAAUUGAUUUUUAUUUUAGUGACAAAAAUUAUUGGCACGAUAAAUUUCUUCAAUCAAGAAAAGAUAAGGAAGACUGGAUUCCUUUAGUGUUAGUGGCCAGUUUUAACCGUAUACGUCGACUUACUACCAACCUUGAGUUUAUUAAAUCCUGCGUAAAGGAUUUACUUCAUGUGGAAAUUUCUAAUUGUCAAACAAAGCUUCGUCGAAAAGAUGUGAACGGGAAAAUGACUAAACGGGAACGUUAUAAUCCACAUCGUAUAAAAGCGACAGCUUAAAAUUUCAAAUUAUAAACGAUUUCUUUUAUGACAUUGAAUGUAAAAGGUUUUGUGUUUUUUUUAAGUGAAUUCAUUUUAUUAAAAAAAAACGUGAAUGAAUGGUAUUCCCUUUUGUAUUAGUUGUGUCUUUAUGGUUGAUAUUGUUCUCAAAACAAGUUUCUUUACAACACUUCUUAAACCCUUAUGAAAGCCAUGCUGGUCUUGAUGACACGGGGGUCACAUUGUUUAUCAAUGUAGGUGAGUCCAGUAUAUCUACAGACUAUUUUACGGAAACAUGUCACUAUUCCAGCUAUUAUUUAGAUCAA